UCCGGCUCCCUGCCAUUUCCGGAUAUUUCCUUCUCCUUUCCCUUUCUCCCCAUCUAUACACAUAUAUUCCUGUACUGAUAUUCCUCUUCGCAGUUCAAAUUCCGCGACUUCAUUUUCCCUCCGAUCGCGUCUGGAGAGAGAAAUCCCCUCGGCUUCUACAUACACAAUGUGCGGAAUCUUCGCCUACCUGAAUUUCAACGUGAGCAGGGAGAGGCGCUACAUUCUAGAAGUUCUCUUCAAUGGCCUGCGACGCUUGGAGUACCGCGGCUACGAUUCCGCCGGGAUUUCCAUUGAUGCGACCUCCGCUUCUGCCCCUGCUCCUCUCGUCUUCCGCCAGGAGGGCAAUAUUGAGUCCCUCGUCAAAUCUGUCUACCACGAUGUUGCAGCUACAGAUCUAAAUUUGGAACAAUCAUUUUCUGUUCAUGCUGGUAUAGCACAUACCCGAUGGGCCACCCAUGGGGAGCCAGCUCCUAGGAAUAGUCAUCCUCAAACCUCUGGUGCUGGAAAUGACUUCUUGGUUGUUCACAAUGGUGUUGUCACCAAUUAUGAGGCAUUGAAGGAGACCCUAAUCCGACAUGAUUUCACCUUUGAAUCAGAAACAGAUACAGAGGUGAUUCCAAAGCUUGCAAAAUUUGUAUUUGAUAAAGCAAAUGAAGAAGGUGAUGAAAGUGUGACAUUCAGUCAAGUUGUGCUUGAAGUAAUGAGACAUCUAGAAGGAGCUUAUGCUCUCAUAUUUAAAAGCCGGCAUUACCCAAAUGAGUUGAUUGCCUGCAAACGUGGUAGUCCACUUCUUCUUGGUGUAAAAGAUUUUGAAGAAGAGGCUGCCGUUGGAGCAUCAUUUAGUGAUCCUAAAUUUCCCUCAAGCAAUGGGCAACCAAAAGAGUUAUUCUUGUCUAGUGAUGCCAAUGCUUUAGUUGAACACACCAAGAAGGUCUUGGUAAUUGAGGAUGGUGAAGUCAUUCAUAUUAAGGAUGGAGGUGUGUCAAUUUAUAAGUUUGACCAGACCAAGAAACAGCAUGGUGGUACUCUUACUAGGUCUGGUUCUGUUCAACGUGCCUUGUCCAUUCUUGAGAUGGAAGUGGAGCAGAUAAAUAAAGGAAAAUAUGAGCACUAUAUGCAGAAAGAAAUUCAUGAGCAGCCAGAAUCUUUGACAACAACAAUGAGAGGGAGGCUGAUACGGGGAGGAUCAUGUAAAGCCAAGACUGUACUGUUAGGGGGCUUGAAGGAUCACCUCAAAACUAUAAGGAGAAGCAGAAGGAUUGUUUUCAUUGGGUGUGGCACAAGCUAUAAUGCAGCGUUAGCUGCAAGAUCAAUUCUGGAAGAACUUUCUGGUAUUCCUGUCACAAUGGAGAUUGCAAGCGAUUUGGUUGAUAGGCAAGGGCCAAUAUACAGGGAAGAUACAGCUGUCUUUGUUAGUCAGUCGGGAGAAACUGCCGAUACUUUGCAAGCACUAGAUUAUGCCUUAGAAAAUGGGGCAUUAUGUGUUGGUAUUACAAAUACUGUUGGUAGUGCAAUUGCCAGAAAAACACACUGUGGUGUUCAUAUAAACGCAGGCUGUGAGAUAGGCGUGGCGAGUACUAAGGCAUACACCAGCCAAAUCGUAGUGAUGGCUAUGCUGGCACUUGUAAUUGGAGGCGACACGCUUUCUAGUCAAGCAAGAAGAGAGGCAAUAAUAGAUGGUCUAUUUGACUUGCCUACAAAAGCGAAAGAGGUUCUGAAGCUUGACCAGGAAAUGAGAGAUCUCGCUGAACAACUGAUUGCGGAGCAAUCACUCCUCGUCUUUGGACGAGGCUACAACUACGCAACAGCACUCGAAGGUGCACUGAAGGUUAAGGAGGUGUCUCUUAUGCACAGUGAAGGGAUCCUUGCCGGUGAAAUGAAGCACGGUCCCUUAGCUUUAGUAGAUGAAACUCUCCCGAUUUUUGUAAUUGCCACACACGACGCUUGUUUCAGCAAACAGCAAUCAGUCAUUCAGCAGCUUCAUGCCCGGAAAGGCAGAUUAAUAGUGAUGUGCACACAAGGAGAUGCAGCAUCUGUUCGUGUUGGAUCAUGCCGCGUCAUUGAAGUUCCUCAGGUUGAGGACUGUCUGCAGCCCGUAAUCAAUAUAGUUCCAUUACAGUUAUUGGCGUAUCAUCUGACAGUUCUCCGCGGAUACAAUGUCGAUCAACCUCGGAAUCUCGCCAAGAGUGUCACAACUGAGUAACAUUCUUUUUCUCAUAGAAUCUUGUAAUCCUUACGGCACAACAUGAGACGCAUUCCAAAUGCUUUGUCGCUUGAUAUAUCCCACUUAUGUCAUUUGUUCAAGCUGACAGAUUGACCCAUGCAACCUUUUGCAUUUCUACAGCUGUAUAUCAUGUGCGUAUGUAGUAACUGUUGAGAGGUAUUAUUAGUGUACGUGCCUUAACAUACUUGUU